UUUACAAAACACAAGUACUCUCUGCCUGCUGUAUUCCCAAUAGAAUUCGCACACGUUGGGAUUAAAAACGAACAGAUCAAUUGCCCCUUUUUUUCAUCCAUCAUUCGCAUUAACAGAUGAACAGAUAUACGUUGUUAUAGUUAUGGAACAUCCGAAUAAACGUCUCCUAAACAAAGACUGAAAUGCUAAUGAACUAAAGAUCGGUUACAAAAAUGAAGCGUUUUUUUAGCUGCGUAUUGCUUCUCAUCUUACUUGAAUUGUUCAUUCUUGGCCAAGUCUCUGCACAAGACAAUGCCACUUGCGCAGUGAUGAAAUGUAAAAGAAGAAAUACUACUUGGCCAGGAGCAGACCCGAUAAAAAAGUGUCGUUGCGAUUCCGAUUGCGCUACGUACGGUGACUGCUGUAUCGAUUCAAUAUAUAGAUCAACAACUAGCACAACUUCAAACUUCGACUGCGUAGAAAUAAAAUAUGGAAAAAUUCCUGGAGCCUAUUUAAAACGGGCUUGUAGCCGACCUUUUAGGCAAUAUCGGAACAGAGCACGAUGUUCAUCUUCUAAAAAUUAUGACGAACAAUCAUCUAAUUUUGCCCUGAAACUACCCGUUAUAGGAUCAAAUGGGAUAACUUAUGGGAACCAAUUCUGCGCUGCUUGCGAAAAAAUUACAAAUUUCACAUAUUGGGAUAUCCACUUUUCUUGCGAGGAGCAUGAAACAAGAUUCAAAAUGGGCAAUGCAACCACAUUCAAUUCAUCAACGUACCGUUUCAACGAUACGCUUCAAAAAUGGACUUAUAAUUCCAAUAACGAAACUGAAACAUGUGUAUUUACUCCGAUUCCACCAGCAAAGUUGCCAUAUCCAUUAAGGCAAUGCCGUCCAAAUUUAGUCAAAUCUUGUCCCUCGCUAUCAUCUUAUUCGAAACAGUGCUCAAAUUACACUUCGAUAGUUAGACACCAAAAUGGCACUUAUUAUAAAAACGAAUACUGCGCCUUAUGCAAUAAUGUAUCAUCAACGAAUCUCACGUGUAGAAGAAAAAAUAUCAGUUCUUCUUACACAACAACUAAGCCAACGCCAACAUCAAAAAGACCCGUUUCAUCCUCAUCUCCUCAGACAGGAAUCACUGUUACUCCUCCGCGUUUUUUUCCUGCCUCGUCUGUUACCAAUAAUACUACAAAUAUUACAACAGAAGUACGUGAAUUUUUACAUAUUAUUGUGAAACAGAAUUGUAACGAUUUACUAGACUCGUUAACGAUGACCAAAUUAACAGUGGAAACGAAAUCAUUCAGUACAAUGAAACGUACUCGUCUGAGAGAAGCCAACAUGUUAAGUGGAUAUCCGGUUCGUAUAUGUAAGGGAGACGAUAAAAACGAAGCAGUACAGGAAGAAAAUUCAGAAGAAUCUGAACUUUUGAGAAUUUUUGUGAAUUUACUCGUAUUUGUAUCAAUUUUAUUCAUAUUGUCACAUUUGUACGAUUUCUUGUUCUCAAGUUCCGGUUCGACUCUGAGUCAAAAGAUUUUCGCCUCGUAUGCGAUCGCUUUAACAAUCGGUAACAUUGGAUUUUUUCUGAGUAAUGCAACCGAAAACUUCUGUAGUUUACUCGGACCUAUAGCGUACUUCGGAUUUCUGACGUCAUUUUUCUGGCUGUCAGCUUUAGCCUUUGAUAUUUCUUGCAAAAUAUGGUGCUGCGUCCAAGAAUUCGAUAUACUUGGUAAAAAUGUGACUAAUUCCGAAAAAUUUACAACUUAUUCGCUGAUAAGUUGGAUUUUCCCACCGGUUAUUAUUUUCAUCAUGAUUUAUGUAGCCGAAAGAAACGGUGAUUUCAUUUUAGAAGGUCGCAUCUACGAGACAUGUUGGUUUCAAAAUGAUGAAACAUUGUUAAUAUUUUUCGCCUUUCCUUUAACAAUAACCAUGUCCGUGAAUUUGGCAUUUUACCUAUUUUCCGCUUACGUGGUCUGGCUACAAAGGACCGCCGUUGUUAAGUUAUUCGCUAAACACGGAAUCGAUUUCAAAUUUCAUACCGGUUUAAUUAUAACGAGUAACUUGAUGUGGUCGACCGCUUUAAUUGCUAUGUAUUACGACGACUCUUUUCUUUGGGUAUGUUUCGCUUGUCUCGAUGCUACAUUAGGUCUAUUAGUUUAUCUCUGUUCACCCGUUAAACACGCGUUUUCUAUCAAAAUUUCAGCAUAUUUGAACCAACGUUUUCUACCAGUUGGGGAAAAUUUAAUUCAGAAAUGAACUGAUUAUACAGAUGUAGGCAGCGUUCGAAUCGGCAUGAUCGUUUUAUUUUUAGCAUAAGUAUUUAGAUAAUUUAAUAGCGAAAACACGAUUCGUGCGAAUUCGGAACUCCCACUUUAAAACAAAAACCUGGUACCUACUUAUUGAUGGGUAUUCGGCUAGAUAGGUAUGUAGUUAGGUCCAUUUAAGUUAAGAUUGUACGAUUUUGAACAUAAGAAAAUACUGCUGUGAAAAAUAGCCGCAAUCUACCAAGGAUCACAUGAUGACUUACAAAAAAAUGUUUGUAAAUAAACUGACGUAUAAUAUUUUUUUUCA